UGAUGUCAUUUCGUCGAGGCGGGUGGCACAUCGUCGAGGCAAGAUUGAUUAACCGUGACAGGUCUAACAUCGUCGCGGCGAAUGUCACCUCGUCGAGGCAUUGAAUUGAAUUGAUGACUUUCGUGUAGUCGAGGCGCUUUCCCGGGGGUAGUGGUUUAUAGCAAGGGAUGGAGAGAGGCGGGGAAGAGGAGGAGAAGUGUCUUGAAAUUGUUUUUGAUGAGCAGCUUGAUGCCUAGCUUGCAACUAACGUCAGAUUAUUUGAUGAUAGAUACUUCCAUGUUGUAAGCAGAAACACAGAACUCAAACAAUAGAGGAAUGAUAUGGCGGUCGCUAGCCUGUUACCCGAGACAAACGUAAGGAAACACAUACUUAGUACUCUGAAAGAGGUUUAUCGUGAUUUGGAAAAUUUUCCAAACAUUGACCCAAACACUGCAGAUUAUGCUUCUUAUAGACUGGAACGUGUUGCUAUGAUUGCAGUUAAUUGUCAAGCAGAAUGGCCUAGUGUUAUUGACGAUGAGGUCAUCGAUUGUAUCGCAAAUGCAGUUCAAAUAUUGGAGAAAAGUGGGAAGGAUGCGCCUGCUAUUGUUAUUAGUGCAGGGAAAAGUGGAAGACCUUCUGUUAAUAUCCCGAAAGAAACACUAGAACUCUACCUCCAGUAUGGGUUUCCCAAAACAAAGAUAGCCGAGAUUUUUUCAGUGAGUGUUAAAACCGUAUCAAGAAGAAUCGAAAAGUUCGGGCUCCAUGAUAAAAUUGCGAAUCAUACCGAAAUUAUAGACACUGAAUUAGAUGCUAUUGUUGAUGACAUACUUCAAAGUUUUCCAAACUGCGGAAUUAGGCGUAUGAGAGGAUUUCUUCAGUCAAAAGGUCUGAAAAUACAAUGGGAAAGGGUCCGUUCAUCACUGUGGCGUGUGGAUCCAACAGGAGUACUUCUCAGAACUACACAAUUAAAUACAAUUCAACGACGGAAAUAUUCAGUUCCAGGGACACUGGCCUUAUGGCAUUUAGAUGGCAAUCACAAACUCAUUCGUUGGCGGUUUGUUGUACAUGGCUGCAUUGAUGGAUACUCACGCCGUAUUAUGUUUUGUGAGUGCUCAUCAAACAACAAAGCAGAAACUGUUAUGAAAUUGUUUCUACAGGCAGUUGCUCAGCACGGUCUCCCAUCAAGAGUUCGAGGAGAUCAGGGUGGGGAGAAUGUCGAUGUUGCCUACUAUAUGCUAAGUCAUCCACUCAGAGGGCCAGGUAGAGGAAGUUUCAUAGCUGGUAAAAGCUGCCAUAACCAAAGAAUCGAAAGGUUUUGGCGAGACCUCUUUCAAGGCUGCCUUUUCGUCUACUACUACUUGUUCUACUUUAUGGAGGAGAAAGGGUUUUUGGCUAUUGACGAUGAUGUUGACAUGCUAUGUUUAGAAAUCGUUUUUAUACCACGCAUUAACAAUCACAUAUCGCUCUUCCUGGAUGGUUACCAUAAUCAUUCCAUAAGAACGGAAUCAAACAGAACACCAUUGCAGCUUUGGCUACAGGGAAAACUUCACUACCAGCCUGAUAACGAAGAAACUCAAUUGGACCCCGAUGGUACCGACACCUUUGGUAUUGACUGGAACGGACCCAUACCAAUGAGGCCUCAACGUCAUGCUGCCGAUCGUGUUUCAAUUCCUUCAUUAAAUGUUCUGCUCACAGAUGAGAUGUUGGAAACGUUAGGUUUAGAAGUUGACUCUUUGAACAAUUUUGAUGCAAAUGGAAUUGAAACAUUUUUGCUUGUAAAGAAUACCAUCAGUGACAUGUUAGGACCAAGAUGAUGCCUUUUUUACACUCUAAAACUUCCUUAAUGGAUUUGCCCUGAAAUAUUCUUUUUAAUUGCUAUGCAUAAUAUUCUAAAAUCAUAACUUUUUUAUAGCUUUUGGUAAAUGGUGGUAUCGGCUUUAAAUGGGCCCUUUCUAUACAGCAUUUCAUAUAAAUUAUUUCUGCCCUUUCUACCAGGGCCGGCGGAACCAGGGGGCCGAGGGGGGCCAUGCCCCCCCCCCCAAUUUUAUGCAGAGAUAAAGAAAAUUUUUAGGCAAAAGUGAAAAUAAAUGUAGUAUAUUAUUCUGUAAGUAACUUUGCCUAGUACUCUCUUAAAUGUGUCCUUAGCUUUACCUUGAUUGCUAUGUCUUUACGUAGAAGACAUCCAUAAAAUUUAAUAUGGGAAUUAGAUCGAAGAAAUCGGUCAUUGCGUAAGCUUUACAACGAGUGACAGCUUGGCUUAGCAAAUAGACCGAGAAAUCUAGUCCAGAAUAACUUAGUGCCAGCACAAAUUGACGGAGUUUCGUUUUUUCCAUUGCCUAAACUCUGGACACAGGGUCUACUUGUUAAUGAAAACUUUCUCAGAAACAUUACAAAAAGAGAGAAAUCAGCUAUUGAAGGAAAAGAAACAGCUGAUUUUGAACUGGAAAGAACUUUUUUGAGGAUAUGAGAAAUAAAGUAUGGGCAGAUUUGUUCUAAAAAGCAUCAUCAAGAAAACUUCAGAGUUUGAUCGUUUGGAUAAUCCAUUCCUAUUAAGAAAGAGAAAAUAUCGACGCAAUUAUAAAUUCUAUUUAAACUAAUUUUGACAAACUUUUCAAUUUCAAGUCAACAUCACAAUAAACGCGACUAUGCGACACCUUCAAUCAAAAUUCAUUUUAAAUACAGUCUCUGACAAUCCCUAAGACACCAUAAUUCUAAAAUUUUUCUUGCCGCAAACCAUGGUGGCGACCUUUCCUAAGUCCUUUCAAGACUUUGAUAUUUUGGCCCCUCCACUUUCAAAUACGUUUCGCCGGCCCUGUCCACGUUUUUGUGAAAAUAUUUCAUUUGUAGGGAAUUAAAUUUGAAUUCCAGUCCCACUUUCAAUGAGUAUUAGCCUUCACCUUCGGUGUUGAGACCAUGAUUGAUCGAAAAAAUUUGUGGCAGAUUACACAACAAAAAAUACA